AGCGGACUCGGCCCAAGUCUUGGGCAAAGGUGAAGUGCCCCUUGCCAUGGCGCAAGCGGCGCAAGAGCUCGUGAACGCAGUUCUGCUGCAAGCGGUCAAAAGCCAAACUGCCGAGGUCGUGCAGGAGCUGAUUGAAAAGCACGGGUGCAACCCCAAGCAGACUACUUCCGUGGGCGGCACGCUGCUCCAUGAGGUGGCUUUGCACGGGCACCAUGCGCAGGCGUUGCGCAUCGCUGAGCUCUUGGUCAGCCACGGCGUGCAGGCGAAGCAGGAGGACAAGAGCCACCGCACAGCCAUGUUUCCAGCAGCAAAGGCUGGGAACAUUCAGCUCUGCGAAUUCCUGCUAGGGCAGGGAUGCAAAGUAGAGCAUUGUGAUGCCGGGCACCAAACAACGCUGUUCUAUUCCUCGCGCCAUGGGCACGUGGAGUGCACAGAGCUGUUUUUGACCCGGGGCGCAGAUGUGAAUGCCGCCGACAGCAAUGGCUAUACACCAAUUUUUUGGGCUGCUCAUGAUGGCAGGGUCAACAUCAUGAAGUUCCUGGUUGAGAAGGGAGCGGACCCCAAGAUCCUGGCCAAGAAUGGCAAGAGCCUGCUCUUCUCAGCGACUGGCGGGGCAGCUGCCUAUGCUUUGGAGUUGGGAUGCGACCCACAGCAGCAGGACCAACUUGGACAGACACCAAUCUUUCGGGCGGUCAAGGAGAAUGAUCCGCAGAAAGUCAAGCUGCUCGCUGAGAGUGGUGCAGAUGUGGAUGCGCAAGACAAAAUCGGGCAAACAUGCCUGUUUUAUGCUGCCAACCUCGGCCUCAAGGAGAUGGUGACGCUGCUCUGUGCGCAUUUGAAAGCGAACACGCUGCACUUGGACGUGAAGGGCUUCUCUGCCAAGGAGUAUGCCAAGAAGCACAGCAAGGCGGCCAGCCUCGCGGCAUGCACCAAGAUCCUGCAGGGCCAUGAGACCAAGCAGCGUCUUGCGGCUCAGAAGGAGCAGAAGCGCGCGGCCCAGGAGCGCGCCCGGAAGGCGGCGGAGGAGAGGGGGGGCCCCAGCCCGGCACCGGCUUCCUCCAGCCGGAAGCGGCCACAUGAGGAGGAGGAGGACGUGGAGCGGAAGAAGUACCAGCUGGUGUGCUUCGAAGGGGGCGAGGAGGUCCCCUGGAACUCGCACAAGUACAAAGAGCACUUCAGAGAGCUCGCGCUGAGAUGUCCUUGGGUGGAGCCACAGCGAUGAGUUGCAGUGAGAGAGCCAGCCAAUCGGCCAACAGGGCAGGUGUUGCACAGAAAACACCGCAUCUACAUAGUAGAUGAAUGUGUGCACUACAGCCGAAGAAGCGGGGUGGUGCAGUC